AUGCUAUUCCCCGCUUCCACCCUUUUCCUUCUCUCUUCAACAGCGUUCGCCGCACCGACCGAUCUCUUCUCCCGUGCUACUGCUCAAUGCGGCCAAUACCAAUCCCAAUCCCAAGGUCCAUACACGCUUUACACCAACGUCUGGGGCUGGUCCUCUGGAACUGGAUCUCAAUGUUCACAGAUUGACAGCCUGAGCGGCACCACUCUAGCUUACUCAACAACUUGGUCGUGGUCUGGCACACCCAACCAGGUGAAGAGCUACACGAAUGUUGAGACGACUUUCACCAAGAAGCAGCUCAGUGCUUAUACGAGUAUACCAACGACGUGGAAGUGGGGCUACACAGGAACUAACUUAAGGGUUAAUGUGGCGUACGACACUUUUCUUGGUGCAUCAGCCAGUGGCUCCAACCUCUUUGAAGGCAUGGUCUGGCUCGGUGUCUUUGGUGGUGUAUCGCCUUUGUCCUCAAACGGCUAUCCGUUCACACCCAUCGCUACCGUGACUAUUGGCGGCACAAUUUUCGACCUCGCAUACGGUCUCAACGGUUCGGUCAAGGUGUACAGCUUUGUGGCUCGCGGUGGUGCGGCGACGAACUUUAGUGCUGACUUGAACCUCUUCUUCAAGUACUUGUUGGCCAACUACGCGAGCAAUGGGUUUACGAAUAGCUUGUACUUGCAGACUGUGCAGGCGGGGACAGAGGUGUUUACUGGGAGUAAUGCGAAAUUGACUACGACUGCGUACUCUAUCGCUAUCAAUUAA